GCCAGUAGCGACGAAAUGCCAAAGAAAGUAGCCAUAGCUUUCUGUAAUUCUCAAUGGCUACCUUCACCGUCGCAACACUAUCACCGUCGUCUUCUCGUUUAUUCGCUCCGGUUCGUUACAACCGUUAUCCCAACCAACUCAGGCCGAACCUCCUCUACAAGAACUGGCACCUUCCGAGACUUCCGCCUCUAAAAUGUUCCCCUUCAUCUUCGGAACCAGAAACCUCCGCAACUGACUGGACCUACAAGCUGAUCUCAGGAAUCGCCGGAAUUGGAUUUCUCGAAACCUCCUAUCUCGCUUACCUUAAGCUCACCGAUUCCGAUGUCUUUUGCCCCGUCGGCGGUGACACCUGCUCCAACAUACUCAAUAGUGAUUACGCCGUUGUUUUUGGUGUACCUCUUCCUUUGAUUGGAAUGGUUGCGUAUAGUUUUGUAGCUGCUCUUAGUCUUCAGUUAGCUACAAAGGAGAAUUUACCUUUUGGGAUUAACAAAUCCAGUGCUCAAUUAGUGUUGCUUGGAAGCACAACCUCAAUGGCAACUGCUAGUGCAUAUUUUUUGUACAUUCUAACCACGGCGUUCUCUGGAUCAUCUUGUUCAUAUUGUCUGCUUUCGGUCCUCUUGUCAUUCUCCUUAUUCUUUAUAACACUCAAGGACAUUGGAUUGCAAGAGAAGUUUAAACAACUGGGUUUGCAGUUGUUUAUUGCUAGCUUGGUGAUUCUCACGCUGAACACCUCCUAUAGCAGUGCGAAAUCUGAUGCCUCAAGCGGGGCUAAAGUUGAGCUGCCAUAUUUCGCAACAGAGGUUACAGCUCCAUCAAGCCCCUUUGCAUUAUCUCUAGCAAAGUAUUUGCACUCCAUAGGAGCUAAAAUGUAUGGAGCUUUCUGGUGUUCACAUUGUCUGGAACAAAAAGAGAUGUUUGGAGGUGAGGCAGCCAAGCAAUUGGAUUAUGUGGAAUGUUUUCCUGAUGGAUAUCGAACAGGAACUAAAAUGAUCGAUGCAUGCAUAGAUGCCAAAAUAGAAGGUUUCCCUACAUGGAUUAUUAAUGGCCAGGUUCUGAGCGGUGAAGUAGAAUUAUCAGAGCUGGCACAAUUGUCUGGUUAUAGUGAAUCUGAUCAACCUAGUUAAUAAUUUUGACUGAAAGUAGUAGCAAAGAUAGCUUUGUAGAAGCAUGUUUACAUUGUACAGCAUGUAGACGACUUGUUUGUCCUUUUUAUACAUACUCAUGCACGUAUAUAUAUAAAAAAAAAUUUCACUAUACAUCAUGGCUCUGGAUACAGAUGUUAUGCCAUGAUUCAAUCAUGGGCAUGUAUAUUAAUUGAAUUAGAGUAUCAAUAUGACAUGAUUCAAUCCA